AUGGCGAAUGCCAGCUACCAGAAGAACAACUACGGCUACGACGAGGAAGGGGAAUCUCUGACAAGGCGAGCAAUUAGACUCGCCCUCGCGCCGCUGCGCAUCUUGACCUCCCGCGCCGCCAUCAAGGUCUACCUCGCGACUAUCCUCUUCCUGACCACCUCGGCCGUCCUGCUCACCGUCUCCUCCUCCGCCUACGCCUUCUUCUACUACAAUUAUAUCCCCCAGAUCAACCUCGAGCGUACCUUGUACCUACAAUAUGGCGGCGCAGGGGCUAGGGCAGGGGCCGGUCAUGACCACGAACACCCCUACGCCAUUGUCGCGCUGGACACCACCGCCCUGAUCGCCAACCAAGCGUACGACGUGUCCUUGAUUCUGGAAAUGCCUCGCUGCGCCACGAACCUCAACGCCGGCAACUUCAUGCUCGACCUGUCUCUGCUAGGUGGGGAUCCCGACGACGCGCCACAUGCCAAGCCGCCCGCCGGUGAUGUUUCUAGCAGUAGUCCUCCACCACCACCACUGGACACCUCGACGAUGAUCCGCUCAGACGACGUGCUCCAUCGCUCACGCAGACCCGCCAUCUUGCCCUUCGCGAGCCCCGUCCCCGCACUGACCCGAACGCUGGUCUACCUCCCGUUCCAUAUCCUCGGGAUGCGGGACUCGGAUCGCUCGACUCUCGUGGUCCCCAUGUUCGAGAUGCUCGUGUUCGACCGGCGGCGAUCCCACGGUGGAAGCACGGGACGAAGGAUGGGAAAUGUCAUCCCCACGCACGCAAAGGUAGAGGUGCAAUCGCGAGAGACCCUCCGCGUUUACUCUGCCAGGCUGGUCUUCCGGGCCCAAUUCCAGGGGUUGAGGUACGUGGUCUACAAUUACAGGGGCGUCAGCUUCGUCGUCUUCUCCGCGCUGUUCUACACAGUCGCCGUGACGAGUAUGCUGUUGGGGUGGGGCCUCAUGGCGCAUUUCUGGAGCAAGCUCAAGAUCAGCACCCAGCCAGAUACAAAGAGGAGUCUACUCGCCGGCGAAGGGAAGAAGAUCAAGCGCGAGGCCGAAGACGAGGAGCCGGAACAACGCCGCAUCAAGGCCGAGGAUGAUAGUGGUGGUGGCGUUACAAAAAUUAAAACAGAAGACGAGGAUCCUGACUCGUCUCCCCACGGCGGAUUGUCCAUGUCGAAUCUCUCGGACACGCCCGCCCAGUAUCCCACGAGGCGUGGCCGACCGCCGUUGACGUACUCUGGACGGUUAAGUUCAGGUUCAGGAUCAGGCACACGCACACACGCUGCGGAAGUGGUUGGAGGCCGUGGUGGUGGUGGUGGUGGUGGUGGUGGUGGUGACGAUGCAGAAGAAGAAGAAGAAGAAGAACAUCUCAGACGUCCAAUGGGUGUUGAUGAAGCGGCUGACGAUGAGGACGAAGGGGACCACGACCAGGACCAGGGUGACGGCAGGCAAGAGGACCAGGAGAUCAGAGGCAGGGCUUUCGACUCGGGCAUCGGCACGAGCAUGGAGAGCGAGCAGGCCGGCUCGGCAGGGAGGGCGACGGUGGUCAGGAGAAGAAGUUCCCGAGGGACGGGCAAGAGAUAA